AUGGAGAAGUUACUAAUGAAACAGGAAGAUACGUUUGAGCAAUUAAAGAAAGCUUUCAUAAAUUAUAAAAAAACACCCAAAGAUAGAUUGAAAGUAACUUAUAUCGAAUCAAAACUAGAAAACUUAGAUAGAUUGUUCGAAACCUUCAUGAAUAUACACGGUGAUAUAGUUGGCAGCAUUAAGAGAGAGGAAAGGGCUAAAUUGCCCUACUUCACCGAUGAUAUGUACACAGGAUUCGAAGAUAUUUAUACUGAAUACAAAGCUAGAAUUAAAGAUGAUCUCCGAUUGUUUAGUGCAAAUACCUUUUCACCACAAUCACUUGGUCCUGAAGGAUCGGUCCUAUCGAAUACAAAGGUAAAAUUACCACAGAUCCAAUUACCGAAAUUUUCUGGACUAUAUGAGGAAUGGCAAACAUUUCAUGAUAUGUUCACCUCAUUAAUUCAUCAAAAUACUGCAUUGAGUCCAGUACAGAAGAUGCACUAUUUAAAGAGUAGUCUAACAGGAGAACCGGAAACAUUACUAAGGAAUUUAACCACAACAGAUUCUAAUUACGAAGACGCUUAUCAGCAGUUGAUUCGCCGUUAUAACAACAAACGCUAUAACUGCAACGAAAUUAUGAAGCGUUUACUCUCACAAAGAAAUGCCACUGACUCUGCAAGUUCCAUCAAGUCACUACUGGAUGUUACAUCUUCAUCGCUUAAAUCAUUGCAAAACAUGGGCAUAGACACCACCUCAUGGGAUGUAAUCGUUAACUACAUCGUGGUGUCAAGACUAGACUCAGAGUCAAGAAAGUUGUGGGAAGCAAAAGUCAGUGAGUUAGAUUCGGAAACAUUACCAACGUGGAAUCAACUUGUAAAUUUCUUAGAGUCAAGAUUCCGGACAUUUGAAAUGAUCUGUGGCAACAACAGGUCCAUGGUAAAAUCCCCAAAUGUACAUUCCAACAACACCAAACCAAAGGUGUUUCAUUCCACCGCCCAAGAAGAUAAUAAACGAGCAAAUCCUUCUUGUACUAUUUGCAAGGGUCAGCAUUUGUUAUAUCAAUGCAAACAAUUUGCAAAGCAAACUCCUAAAGAGAGAACUGAAGUAAUACAAUCAAGGAGACUCUGCUUCAAUUGUUUUGCACCUACACACUCCGUUAAAGAAUGUCGAUCGUCAACUUGUUGCCGCCGCUGCGGUAGACGACACCACACUUUGCUGCAUCUGGAGAGGAGCGAACUACCAAGUUUACCAGAAGCUCAACCGGUCAAUAAGGAUAGUAUUGAGAGGCAGACACCAGUGAUAGCUCAUUUGGUUACAAAAAGGAAUCAGAAGGAGAUGUUGUUGGCAACUGCCAUAGUCAGAGCAAGUUCCGCAAAUGGGUACUCACAAGUUAUACGAGUUCUUAUUGAUCCAUGUUCAGAGGGUUCUUUUAUAAACGAAGCAACGACACAAUCACUGGGUUUAAAGAGAACCAAUAUCAAUGGUCUAGUCUCUGGUAUAGGUGACAAGUUGGCAAGGUCAAGAAGCAUGGUGUCUUUAAGCCUAGAGUCAAUUCACAACCAAAAAUCAAAGCACGCAAUAAAUGUUGAUGCCUACGUAUUAACAAAGUUGACAUCAUUUUUACCAACAUGUCAAACAAAGAUUACCGACUGGCCAGAAAUUAAGAGACUUAGCUUGGCUGACCCUGAGUAUGGAUCACCUGCAAAAAUCGAUAUGAUUCUAGGAGUAGAAGUGUAUGAAGACAUAAUUCUAGAGGGCCUCUUGAAACAUCCAACAGAGAAGGGCCCGAUAGCGCAAGAGACACAAUUUGGUUGGGUUCUAUCUGGUCGAGUAAGAAACAAUGUCACUUCAAAAAACCCACAAUUAGUCGGGUUUCAUAUAAGAGUAAAAGAGGAUGACCUAUUAAAAAAAUUCUGGGAAAUUGAAAGAGAGCCUGAUGCAAUUUUGAAGAAGUCUACGAAAGAAGAAAUCAAGUGUGAGCAAUUUUUUGAAGCCACUACUACAAGAGAUAACGAAGGUCGAUACGUGGUGCGUUUACCUUUCAAGGAACAUAAGCCAAGAUGUGUUGAAGGUAAGACAAGAGAUAUAGCCUUGCGUAGAUUCCACUACUUAGAGCGAAAAUUACAAAAUAAUCCACCAUUAUAUGAAGAAUACAAACGCGUAAUUAAUGGAUACAAGGACCAAAAUCAUAUGGUACAGAUUCAGAACAUUGAAGACAUACAUAACCCAAAGGCAGUGUACUUGCCUCAUCAUCCAGUGAUCCGAGAAGAUAAAGAGACAACAAGGGUACGCAUCGUCUUCGAUGCGUCUUGCAAGGGCAUGAACAAGGUGUCUUUGAACGAUUGUUUUCUUGUUGGACCGAAGCUGCAGCAAGAUCUGCGCCACAUUUUGAUGCGAUGGAGACGUCAUCCUUUUUGCAUAAUAGCAGAUCUGGUACAAAUGUACAGACAAGUUCGAGUAGAGGAGAAGGACACUGACUUUCAGCGCAUUCUUUGGCGAUCGAACCCUAAAGAUCCUAUUGAACAUUACAAACUUUUGAGACUUACUUUUGGUACUGCCUGUGCUCCUUAUUUGGCUGUAAAGGCAUUACAACAACUUGCAAAGGACGAAGAAGCACAGUACCCUCGUGCAGCUAAAAUCGCUCUUCAGGAUUAUUACAUAGAUGACUUGCUAACAGGAUGUGAGACGGAGAUGGAAGCAGUAGAGAUAUUUGAAGAAAUGAAUAACCUGAUGAGUGCAGAUGCAUCUCAGGCAGCAUACGCUGGUGCUGUCUAUAUGAAAGUGACGGAUGCAUUCGGCAAUAUUCAUGUUAAUUUGGUAACAUCCAAAACAAAGGUAUCUCCAGUUGAAAAGGAAAUAAGUAUUCCUCGGCUAGAAUUAUGCGCCGCCUUGCUCGCGACUAAAUUGAUUUACGAAGUUUCGCAAAUUAUGCAAAUACCUAAAGAAGAUUUAUACGCAUGGUCAGAUUCCACAGUGGUAUUAGCUUGGGUCCGUGGAGAACCGACGCGAUGGAAUACAUUUGUUAGUAACAGGGUUUCGGAAAUUCAUACCAUGCUAGAUUCCAGUCAGUUCCGUCACAUCGAAACAAUUAAUAAUCCUGCAGAUUUUGCUUCUAGGGGUAUAAAAGGAGCUGAUUUAGCUGGUCUCACGCUGUGGUGGCACGGUCCAGACUGCCUGCACCACAACUGUACGUACGAUUUUCGCAAUGAUUUCUCCACAUCUAUUGAGGAGCGGCCCAUAAAGACUUUAACAGCCGUCAUUCAAUCAGAACAGGAAUUUGUCUGGACAAGAUUUUCAAACUUAACAAGAAUGGUCAGGAUUUUAGCAUAUUGUAAGAGAUACAUAGGAAUAUUAAGGUCAUCAAGGAAAAAUAGAGUAAUACUAUCAAAAGAACGAAGGAUCAAAGAGUUUGAAAUUAUUACUGUGAAAGAAAUGGAGGAAGUUCUUCAGACAAUUAUAAGAAACACCCAACAUAUUUAUUAUGCGGAAGAAAUACAACAGAUAAAGUCUCAUGGAGAAGUUAAAAGAAAAAGUUCAUUGCAUACUCUCUGCCCCAUUUUAGACAAAAAUGGAGUCUUGAGAGUAGGUGGCCGUAUUAAGGAGUCAGAAGCGAGAUUUGAUGUAAAGCAUCCAGUUAUUUUACCGAGAGCGGAAAAGGAGUUAAGAGACAUGUUCCUCACUACCCAAUCCAAGCUCCCUAUAGAAAUCGCUCAGGCACUUGCAAACGACGGAACCUCUUGGCAUUUCAUCCCACCAAAUGCACCUAACUUUGGUGGUCUAUGGGAAGCAGGCAUAAAAUCAGCCAAGACACACCUUAAACGCGUAAUUGGAGAUUCAACUUUAACUUUCGAGGAACUCUCAACCGUUCUGACCCAGAUUGAAGCCUGCCUUAAUUCACGGCCUAUGACAUAUUUGAGUGAAGACCCCGGAGAUCCACAGCCAUUAACUCCCGGUCAUUUUUUAAUCGGUGAGCAAAUGGUUGCGAUUCCCGAUGAGGCUCCGACUGACGUACAAGUAACCGGCUUGCAGAGAUGGAAGCUGACACAAAAGAUGGUAAAUGAUUUUUGGAGAAAAUGGUCAGAAGAAUACCUGGUUAGCCUCAAUCAAAGGUACAAGUGGUUCACGAAGAAGCAAGAUCCGGAUAUAGGCAACAUUGUUGUGAUUAAGGAUCAUAACCUACCACCAACAAAAUGGUUACUAGGCAAAAUAGAACAAAAGCAUUCUGGCCAUGAUGGACUCACUAGAGUAUUGACUAUUAAAACUAAAAAUGGAUUGAUCAAACGUCCACUCAAUAAGGUUUCUAUUCUGCCAAGUGCUAUUUAA